UUUUUUUUGCGGUUCGUAUAGUAAAAUGCACACUGUAUUAUCCACCAACAUAUUUGUCUAACUUGGUUGUUAGCUCAGUUUGCGAGCAAAAAUUAUGUUACGAUAACCCUCAACGGGAAGAGGAACGGAUGUUUCUAGGCAGGUGAACAGUCGGACAGAUAUUCAUCAAACACAGGAAGUGUAGUAGAGGUCGCUGCCACUAUUGCACGAACCUACCAUCCAUACAUUGCACACAUGGAGACUGUAGCUGGCUGAGCUGUGCUGUUUUACAGAGAAACGGUGUACACCGUUAAAGACCAUGGUCACAAGAUUGCGGUAUGAGUUGAAGACAAAGAAGGCAGGUCCGCGGGAUAUUAUUAAUUAUUUGACAUCAGUAGAAAUUAACACCAGCUGUAAUUAGAUUGCCCAGCCUGGCUGCAGGUCCCUAGCCGCAGAUAUCAACAACAUGCCGCUGUCAGACUUCCUGGACAGCCUGAAAGACAACCCCUACUUUGGGGCAGGCUUUGGACUGGUUGGGGUCGGGACAGCAUUGGCAGUGGCCAGGAAAAGUGCCCAGGUGGGGAUGAUCUUCUUCCGCAGGCACUACAUGAUCACUCUGGAGGUCCCCAGCAGGGACAAGAGCUACCACUGGCUGCUGAGCUGGAUCACCAAACAUGCCAGGCACACUCAGCACCUGAGCGUGGAGACCUCCUACCUGGCACAUGAGAGUGGACGGGUGCACACACAGUUUGACUUCCACCCAAGCCCUGGGAACCACAUCAUCUGGUAUCGGAGGAAGUGGAUCCGGGUGGAGCGGACCAGAGAGAAGCAGAUGGUGGACCUGCACACUGGAACCCCAUGGGAGUCUGUCACUUUCACUGCUUUAGGCAGAGACAGACAAAUCUUCUUUAAUAUCUUACAAGAAGCUAGAGAAUUGGCCCUGAAGCAGGAGGAAGGACGGACAGUAAUGUACACAGCCAUGGGUGCUGAGUGGAGGCCCUUUGGAUUUCCACGGCGACGCAGACCCCUCAGCUCCGUGGUCCUGGAGGUUGGUGUGGCUGAAAGGAUUGUAGACGAUGUGAAGGAAUUCAUCGGAAACCCCAAGUGGUACACGGACAGAGGCAUCCCCUACAGAAGAGGAUACCUGCUGUAUGGACCCCCAGGAUGUGGAAAAAGUAGCUUUAUCACGGCACUGGCAGGCGAACUGGGCUACAGCAUCUGCCUGAUGAGUCUGAGUGACCGAACCCUUUCAGAUGACCGUCUGAACCACCUCCUGAGCGUGGCGCCGCAGCAAAGCAUCAUACUGCUGGAGGAUGUAGAUGCAGCCUUUGUCAGCCGAGAGCUGCUUCCCACAGAGAACCCUCUGGCCUACCAGGGAAUGGGAAGGCUGACCUUCAGUGGUCUGCUUAACUCUCUGGAUGGUGUGGCUUCAUCUGAGGCCAGAAUAGUUUUUAUGACCACCAAUUUCAUUGACAGGCUAGACGCAGCGCUGAUCCGGCCCGGCCGUGUGGAUCUGAAGCAGUACAUUGGCCACUGCACACACUGGCAGCUCUCCCAGAUGUUCCGGCGGUUCUACCCAGACGAGCCUGCUUCUGAAGGCGAGCGAUUUGCGGAGUGUGUGUUAGCCGCCCACUCUGAGAUCAGUGCUGCUCAGGUGCAAGGACACUUUCUGCUGCACAAAAUGGACCCUGUGGGAUCUAUAGACAAUGUUGCCCACAUGAAAGGAUGACAGGACCGGAAGGUGUUUGGAGACUGAAUAAAGAGAAACAUGAGAAAAAUGAGUAAACUGUCUUUGCAUUUCCAGUAGGAAUUAUGUUAUCAUUGAGACAGAUGUGAUUUGAUACCAUCAGCUGUAUUGAUACCAAAUAGCUUUCCAUAGUUUCUGAAAUAGGCUCUUUAGAAGUGUCAAUUCAAGCUACUCAAUGACCAG